UAGGCAUGGCGUCUGGGACGUCGAUGGAGGACAGUCCCAUGGAGGAGUUGGUGGACCAGGGGUUGGGUAUGGAGGAGAUGGGACUGAGGAGGCCCUCUCUUAGGGAGACCUACCACCAAGACUCCCUGCUGGCUCCAGACACAGACUUCAUGACCGAUGACUGCAGCUCUGCAGCGAGCGGGAUAGAUGUAGCAGACCGCCUGACAUACCUGGAGCAGCGGAUGCAGAUACAGGAUGAUGAGAUCCAGCUUCUGAAGAUGGCCCUGGCAGACGUCCUCAAGAGACUCAACAUCUCAGAGGAACACCAGGCCACCAACGCCAAGAAAGGACCUGCUGAGAAAGCUAGGCCUGUGUCUCUUGCCCUGCUGUCCAGACCAUCAAUGAACAGCCUUGCCUCUCUGAAGAAAAGCUCCACAAGCUCUACAAUGCCCUCUACCUCCACCACACGGAACUACAGCCCCUUACCAGGAGCAUCAGCCAAGAGUGGUGUGAAGAGUUCAGCAGGCAGUCUGAAGGACUGUACCUCUAAGACAGCUCGGCCCGGCCCCCGACCUGGCCCCUCAGGCUCAACAGCGGCCCCCGGCAGUAAGAAAGCCGAUAGCAAAACCAAGGAGCCUGCAGCCAGUGUAGGGUCGAGGCAUGUGACGCACUGUAAAGAACCCCUCACCACCUGCUCCCUCACACCCUCACACCCCAACACUUCAACCCCUCACCACCUUCUCCCUCACACCCCAACACUUCAACCCCUCACCACCUGCUCCCUCACACCCCAACACUUCAACCCCUCACCAUCUGCUCACACUAACAUACAUCACUUCGUCCCCUACUUUCACCCUCAACCUUUACCCCUCAUUUCACCUCUUCACUUAGUGACUAUGCAGAUCUAUCUGAGCCCCCAAACAAAAAGGACUGGGUCUUCUGAAGUGGCCAAAUCAGCCCCCACGGUCCCCAAUUCCAGACCAACCAGAACCCCCACCCCCCCUCAGACCAAAGGAGUCCCCCCAACCUCCGACCGAACCAAGCCCAAGACACGCAAAACACACCCUGCCUUCACCCUCCCCCUGCAGAAAAGCACCAAUCAAAAUACGUAUUCUCCUCUGGACACGUUCAAUUACAAAAGCCCCUUCAAAUCACCCAGCCAUUACUUCCAGAUCUGUUACUAAGCAAUAGAGUAGGUUAUGAGGAUGUAGAAGUUGCUCCUUAACACAGGUCUGGGGUGAGAUAUUGUUCUAAUCCUCAUAAUGGUUAGGGUUGGAUAAUCUGAUCCUAGAUCUGUGGUUAAGGGCAACUUAUAUUUGGGCUAUUACAAGUGUAGGCCUGUAAGGGAAAUCGGUUUUCCAGAUGUUUGAAAAUGUAUAGCAAUGUGAGGUACUUACUGUAGAAGUGGAGGUUGUCUUUAGUAAUGUUUGAGAUGGACUCAUAGUUACAAAGUUUGGGUAUUGAGGUUUUUGUUUGACCAGACAAGAGAAUAGUGAGUUUAUUUGAUUGUUUUGUUGAAUUUCCUAGCACCAUCAGUGACCAUAGUCCUCUUCACUUUGUUCUCUGUAAUUUCUUACAUAUUUCUGUCUCUGUCAACUGGAAGCCUCUAUUUUUUUCUGCUGGUUCUUUCUGUCUUAAUGUCUCAUUUAUGUUUUACAUUUUAGUAAUUUAGCAGUUUUGUUUGUUUUGUAGCUUUAUGUCAGUAAAAUAUGGAUGUAUGAGUUUUCAUUGAAAUCUCCCUGACUUUGAGGGGGAUGUACAGUAUGAGUGGAUUCUCUUAUUCGAUUUCUGUGUGUAUCUCUGUCUCUGUUGACAGCCAUU